CAGAGCAACUAAAACGUCGUCGACAAAUAAAGACAACUUCUCUUCUCCUUCCUUAAUUCUUCUUCCUCCAUGGCUUCUUCUGUCCAUGAAGAUGAAUUUGGCUUUGGAUUUGAUGAAGGCAUGCUACGCUGCUUGCCCUCUAAUGUUGUCCACGAGGCAUGCCUCCAUAAGGUUCACAUGAGGCGCUCCCACCAGAAUCAUCAUCAACUCCGUCACCACAAAUCUUCAGUAGAACCACAGUACUCAAGAUCAUCACAUCAAAGGCCGAAACUAGCCAAUGGCGGAUUUGGAAUGCAAGCAAUUUUCCUGGAAUCUGGGCAGAAAUCGUGUGGAACAGGUGUAUUCUUACCCCAAACAGCAGGCACAAACUUCCAAACUGGCAAGAAGAAGCCAGGCUGUGCUCCUGUGCUACUCCCAAACCGAGUGAUUCGAGCUCUAAAUCUCAACGUGCACACCUUAGGCUUGCAAAUUUCACCCCGCCAAGACCCAAAAUAUGAGGCCAGAUGUGGAGAAGAUUUCAAUAAAUCAGGCAAGAAGAAAUAUGACCAGAAAAAUAUGUCAAAGCAAGACGAUGGCGUUGAUCAAAGUCACUGCCCAGCAAGGAUUUUUCUUCCAAAGGAAUGGACUUAUUAAGAAGCUAUCUAUCAUCUGCAUAAUAUCAUCACAGGGGAGCCCAUCUGCAAUAAAUCUAAGCGUCGCAUAUAAUUUCGAUAGUGUGUGCUGCUUUCUGUGUUUCAUUCUUUAACAAUGUUUUUUUCCCUCUCCAAUAUAAUAAUUAACAGCACAUAGUUUUUUUUUUUCUUUUUAGAGUAUUGUAGUUUCUAUACACAAUCAGUGUAUUAAUUAAGGGUGUACCAUUGUUGUUACGCUAUUAUUAUGCGAUACUUAUUAGUGAAAAUUAGCCAAUGAA